AUGCCACCCAGCACCCCGCGCGAACCCAUUGCGGGGUCUGACAGCGGCCCCGAGACUCCUUUUCCAAUACGUUUAUCCGGUGCAGUCAUUAAGGGAUUUGGCAGAGGAAGUAAAGAGCUCGGUAUUCCAACUGCAAAUAUUCCAGCCGAAGGACUCUCCGAACAUCCCAGUCUCAAUUCAGGGGUCUAUUAUGGUGUUGCGGCUCUAGACCCUCGCAAGUUCGAACCCAGCAAUACGUCAGAUAAGGAGACUAGGAUAUUUCCCUGCGUAUUGAGCAUUGGAUACAACCCAUUCUAUAAAAAUACAGAAAUACAUAUACUCCCCCACCUGUCCCUCGAGUCCGCUCCAUCAGUUUCUCCCCUUGCCUCUGACUCUACGGACUCCACAUCGAACUCCAACAACAAUGAGAUCGUGGAUAAACCUCGGCAUCACUUCCACCAUUUCCCUGACUUCUACGGAACACCUCUAAAUCUACUCAUUUUGGGAUAUAUCCGCCCCGAAUACGACUAUGUUAGCCUGGAGGCGUUAGUAGAAGAUAUUCGGGUUGACUGUGAAGUCGCAAAGAGAAGUUUGACUCGGAAGACUUAUGUGUGUUUUAUGAGAGAUGACGUCGAUGGGCCCGCCACGGAUCAGCAUGUUGAAGAAGCGAAGAGGUGGCUGAGAACCUUUACAUAA